UCCCCGGGACCGGCACCCCCCAGCCCCGUCUGCCCGGGCUCCGCACGUCGUGUCGUCGAGCGCCUUCCCCGGUCCGCGUCGCGCUGCGACCCUGGAAGCGAGCGCCGCCGCCGCCGCCAACGAGAGGAGGAGCCCCGGCCGCGGGCCCCAGCAGCCACCGAGCCAGCAGGCGGCAUCGAGGCCGGCAACAUGGCGAGCGCGUCGUACCACAUUUCCAACCUGCUGGAAAAAAUGACAUCCAGCGACAAGGACUUUAGGUUUAUGGCUACGAAUGACUUGAUGACAGAGCUGCAGAAGGAUUCCAUCAAGCUGGACGACGACAGCGAGAGGAAGGUGGUGAAGAUGAUCCUGAAGCUGCUGGAGGACAAGAACGGGGAGGUGCAGAACCUGGCCGUCAAGUGUCUUGGCCCAUUAGUGAGUAAAGUCAAAGAAUACCAAGUAGAGACGAUUGUAGACACCCUCUGCACAAACAUGCUUUCUGAGAAGGAGCAGCUUCGGGAUAUUUCCAGUAUUGGCCUUAAAACAGUAAUUGGGGAACUUCCUCCAGCUUCCAGUGGCUCUGCACUAGCUGCUAAUGUAUGUAAGAAGAUUACUGGCCGCCUCACCAGCGCAAUAGCAAAGCAGGAAGAUGUCUCUGUCCAGCUGGAGGCCUUAGAUAUUAUGGCAGAUAUGCUGAGCAGGCAAGGAGGACUUCUUGUAAAUUUCCAUCCUUCAAUUCUGAGCUGUCUGCUCCCCCAGCUGACGAGCCCUCGACUGGCAGUGCGGAAAAGAACCAUCAUUGCCCUUGGCCAUCUAGUAAUGAGCUGUGGGAAUAUCGUCUUUGUGGACCUCAUUGAGCAUCUGUUGUCAGAGCUAUCCAAAAAUGACUCCAUGUCAACAACAAGGACCUACAUCCAAUGUAUUGCUGCUAUUAGUAGGCAGGCUGGCCAUAGGAUAGGUGAAUACCUUGAGAAGAUAAUUCCUUUGGUGGUAAAAUUUUGUAAUGUAGAUGAUGAUGAAUUAAGAGAAUACUGUAUUCAAGCUUUUGAAUCAUUUGUGAGAAGAUGUCCUAAGGAAGUCUAUCCUCAUGUUUCUACCAUUAUAAACAUUUGUCUAAAAUAUCUUACCUAUGAUCCAAAUUACAAUUAUGAUGAUGAAGAUGAAGAUGAAAAUGCUAUGGAUGCUGAUGGUGGAGAUGAUGAUGAUCAAGGGAGCGACGACGAGUACAGCGACGACGACGACAUGAGCUGGAAAGUGAGGCGCGCAGCCGCCAAGUGCCUGGACGCGGUGGUUAGCACGCGGCAUGAAAUGCUUCCAGAAUUCUACAGGACCGUCUCUCCUGCACUGAUAUCCAGAUUUAAAGAGCGUGAAGAGAAUGUAAAAGCAGAUGUUUUUCACGCGUACCUUUCUCUUUUGAAGCAAACUCGGCCUGUGCAGAGUUGGCUGUGUGACCCUGAUGCAAUGGAACAGGGAGAAUAAGAAACCCCCUUAACAAUGCUUCAGAGUCAGGUCCCCAGCAUCGUUAAAGCUCUGCACAAACAGAUGAAAGAAAAAAGUGUAAAGACCCGACAGUGUUGCUUUAACAUGUUAACUGAACUGGUAAAUGUAUUACCUGGGGCACUAACACAACACAUUCCUGUACUUGUACCAGGAAUUAUUUUCUCACUGAAUGAUAAAUCCAGCUCAUCGAAUUUGAAGAUUGAUGCCUUGUCGUGCCUGUAUGUGAUCCUCUGUAACCACUCUCCUCAAGUCUUCCACCCUCACGUUCAGGCGUUGGUCCCUCCAGUGGUAGCUUGUGUUGGGGACCCAUUUUACAAGAUCACGUCAGAAGCUCUUCUCGUCACUCAGCAGCUGGUCAGAGUCAUCCGGCCUCUAGAUCAGCCUUCCUCAUUCGAUGCAACUCCUUACAUCAAAGAUCUGUUUACCUGUACAAUUAAGAGGUUAAAAGCAGCUGAUAUUGAUCAGGAAGUCAAGGAAAGGGCUAUUUCCUGUAUGGGACAAAUUAUUUGCAACCUUGGAGACAAUUUGGGUCCUGACUUAUCAAAUACACUUCAGAUAUUCUUGGAGAGACUCAAGAAUGAAAUUACCCGGUUAACUACAGUGAAAGCUUUGACACUGAUUGCUGGGUCACCGUUGAAGAUAGAUUUGAGGCCUGUCCUGGGAGAAGGAGUGCCUAUUCUUGCUUCGUUUCUCAGGAAAAAUCAGAGAGCUUUGAAACUGGGUACCCUUUCUGCCCUAGAUAUUCUCAUUAAAAACUAUAGCGACAGCUUGACUGCUGCCAUGAUUGACGCGGUCCUGGAUGAGCUCCCUCCUCUCAUCAGUGAGAGUGAUAUGCAUGUUUCACAGAUGGCGAUCAGCUUUCUUACUACCCUGGCAAAAGUCUACCCCUCCUCCCUUUCAAAGAUAAGUGGCUCCAUCCUCAACGAACUGAUUGGUCUUGUGAGAUCGCCUCUCCUGCAGGGAGGGGCUCUCAGUGCCAUGCUGGACUUCUUCCAAGCUGUUGUCACUGGAACAAACAACCUGGGCUACAUGGAUUUGUUUGCGCAUGCUCCUGGUCCAGUUUACUCUCAGAGCACAGCUCUUACUCAUAAGCAAUCUUAUUUCAUUGCCAAAUGUGUAGCUGCCCUUACCCGAGCAUGCCCUAAGGAGGGGACCUGCUAGUAGUAGUGGUCAGUUAUUCAAGAUGUCAAGAACUCAAGGUCUACAGAUUCCAUUCGUCUCUUAGCACUCCUUUCUCUUGGAGAAGUUGGACAUCAUAUUGACUUAAGUGGGCAGUUGGAAUUAAAAUCUGUAAUAUUAGAGGCUUUCUCAUCUCCUAGUGAAGAAGUUAAAUCAGCUGCAUCCUAUGCACUAGGCAGCAUUAGUGUAGGCAACCUUCCUGAGUAUCUGCCGUUCGUACUACAGGAAAUAAACCAGUCAGCCCAAAGGCAGUAUCUUCUGCUUCAUUCCUUGAAGGAGAUCAUCAGCUCUGCAACGGUGGCAGGCCUUAAGCCGUAUGUGGAGAACAUCUGGGCCUUGCUGCUAAAGCACUGUGAGUGUGCGGAGGAAGGCACCAGAAACGUUGUUGCUGAAUGUCUAGGGAAGCUCACUCUUAUAGAUCCUGAAACGCUCCUCCGCGGCUGCCUGAAAGGAUAUUUGAUAUCAGGGUCAUCAUAUGCCCGGAGCUCAGUGGUUACAGCUGUGAAGUUUACUAUUUCUGAUCACCCUCAGCCUAUUGAUCCACUAUUGAAGAACUGUAUAGGUGAUUUUCUAAAAACUUUGGAAGACCCAGAUUUGAAUGUAAGAAGAGUGGCCUUGGUCACAUUCAAUUCUGCAGCCCACAACAAACCGUCGCUGAUAAGGGACCUUCUGGACUCUGUUCUUCCUCAUCUUUACAAUGAGACAAAAGUUAGAAAGGAACUCAUAAGAGAGGUAGAAAUGGGUCCAUUUAAACACACGGUUGAUGAUGGUCUGGACAUCAGAAAAGCGGCUUUUGAGUGUAUGUAUACACUUCUGGACAGCUGUCUUGAUAGACUGGAUAUCUUUGAAUUUCUAAAUCAUGUUGAAGAUGGUUUGAAGGACCAUUAUGAUAUUAAGAUGCUAACGUUUUUAAUGUUGGUGCGACUCUCUACCCUUUGUCCAAGUGCAGUACUACAAAGGUUGGACCGACUGGUUGAGCCACUGCGUGCUACGUGCACAACGAAGGUAAAGGCAAACUCUGUCAAGCAGGAGUUUGAAAAGCAAGACGAGUUAAAACGAUCCGCUAUGAGGGCAGUGGCAGCGUUGCUAACCAUUCCAGAGGCAGAGAAGAGCCCGCUAAUGAGUGAAUUCCAGUCACAGAUCAGCUCUAACCCUGAGCUGGCAGCCAUCUUUGAAAGUAUCCAAAAAGAUUCUUCAUCCACUAAUUUGGAAUCAAUGGACACUAGUUAGAUGUGUGUUCACGUGGGGACCAUUACAUUUGACCGCACAAUGCACUGAGUUGACAAGUUGACCAUUGACACGGAAGAGAAGUGUCUAGAAGCUUCGGGAUGUUCCAUUUGUUUUCCUCCAUGGAGAGUUUGUUCAGCUUUCUUCCAUUUUUGUUUUAUAGCAUUUACUUCAGAAAUCUGUAUUUCCAUAAUCCAGGACGUUGUAAAACACUAAUGUUUUUAGUGGUUCGGGCAACAUUUGAAUGGGAACUAAAGUUAGGAUUUAUUGAAAUGUGGAAAUAGGGUCCAGUAUCUCUUUGCCCUGUAAUGUGUAGGAUUAAAAUGUUAAAAUUUUGUGACCAUG